AUGAUGACACUUCAUUCCAUGAUUUCUUCGGCCCCAAACUGCGCACCUAUCUUAGCUAUUGGAAUUUAUUUUCUUCUCACUUUGCAAAUUGUAACUGUCUCCACCUCUAAAUCAACUCCACCACCAAAUAUAAAGUUAGAUGAUCUAGGCCGUACAGCGCUCGUUGGAAAUUUUGAUGGUAUAUCGGUAUACAAAGAUGAAGAAUAUAGGCCUCGCGAGAUACCAAAAAACGGAAGUCAAUCUCUAUACAGUCGACUACCUGAUGGUGGAUUCAUGAAUGUAGCAUCCUCUGACGCGAAUAUACUUGCAAUGUGUACAUCCAGAUUGAAAAAUAGUGAGAAGACUGGUAUAGUAAUAGGCGGUAAUUUCACAGAUUUAGCGGGAUUAGAAUCCCCUGGAAUCGCAUCUUACGAUCCAAGUACUUCAACAAUUAUACCUCUUCCUGGCCUAUCUGGUCAAGUAUCAGCAUUAUUGUGCGACCAGGAAGCAGAAACAGUUUACAUAGGAGGGAACUUCAAGGUUGAAAAUUCUACAAACGCCAUAGCCUGGAGCUCCAAGAAUGGAUGGAAAAGCUUACCUUUUGGAGGCUUUAAUGGACCUGUUACUACAAUUUCAAAAGCAUCAAACGGAAAUAUAAUAUUUGGUGGCUCCUUCACGGGCCUUGGAAAUGCUACUGAACCAGAAAUGCCAGACCAGCAGCUUGUUAAUAUUAAGGAUGCAAAAAUCAAAUCUAGUUCGCCUGAAUCAUUAACUCCCUCUAACGACCCUUCUAGAAUUCUUUGUAAAUCCAACGGAACAGGCAAUAUAGAGAACCCGUGGCUGCUCGCUGACAACACGCCAGGGUUUUGGAGAGCCGAUUUUGGCUUUAGUUUCCAGCCUACCAAGCUGAGACUCUGGAAUAUCCGACAAAGUGGUCGUGGUACUAAGACGUUUCGCUUCACAGCCUUUCCUAUCAAUGGCAUCAUGAAUCUCUCUUACAUUGAUCCAAUGACAAACCAGAAUAAUUAUUGCUCCUCAGAAUGUUCAUUGACAUGGAAUGCUAGUGUGCUCUAUCAAGAUUUCCACUUCGUCAACAUAAUUGGCAUGAAUGCAAUACAGAUUGACAUAUCAGCCUGGUAUGGGAUUGGUGGCGGACUCUCUGGCAUUGAGCUUUUCCAGAAUGAUAUAUAUUCGUAUGCGAUUAAUGAGUUCAAUGAACCAGGCUGUACAAAUUCUAACAUCUUAUCAACCGCCACUACGACUGGACAAUGGACAAUAUCGUCAUCCCUGCAAAGCUCCUCAGCAUACCUCACGAGUUUAACUAGCAAUACAGAUUCUUCUGUUACUUUUACGCCAAGUAUUCGACAAUCUGGUAAUUACUCAGUCAAUAUGUAUACUCCUGGAUGUAUACAGGAUAGUACAUGCGCAACUAGAGGUCGUGUCAAUAUCACAGGUCUAAUGAACCAGGAUAUAUCUAAUGGAGUAGGAUUCUCUACAGAGAUAUUUCAAACGAACAAUCAUGAUAAAUAUGAUCAAAUUUAUUUUGGCUACGUUGAAGCAAGCAGCAGUAAAUUUCGUCCUUCGGUGACUAUAGCAUUAUCCUCCAAUCAAGCUCCUCGUGAUAUUACGCUUGUUGCACAACGAAUAGGAUUUACACUUAUCUCCCCGAGUGGUGGUCUAAACGGUCUUUUUGAGUACGACCCAAAAGAAAUAAGAACUGAUGCCUCAAACCAUAAAGACUCAGCAUUUGAAAUAGCAGGGAAGUAUAUCUCAUCCGGUGCCGAAAUUAAGACGCUUCAGUCAGCGGGAAAUACAACCUACGUGGGAGGAAAUUUUACAAACAAAGAUUUCAGCAACAUUUUCAAAGUUACCGGUCCUAAGGUUGAAGCUAUUUCUGGGAACGGGCUGAAUGGAAAUGUUCAAACGAUGAUGAUAAACGAAAAUAAUUUGUAUGUCGGUGGUUCCUUCACCAGCACGAUUGAUGGUAGCCUCCUCGGACUUUUCAACGUUGCUGCUUAUAAUAUUAAAAAUGAUCGUUGGAGUCCACUCGGUGCUGGUGUAAAUGGACCUUUAUUAAGUAUUGUGCCUAUUUUGAUGAAUAUUACCAAUGAAAAGCCAGAGACUAUGAUCGCACUAACGGGUCACUUUGACAAAGUCCUAGAAUUUGAUAAAAAUCCAUCCUUUUAUGCUGAAGGCUUCGCUAUAUGGGUACCAUCGCGCAAUAAUUGGCUUCAAAAUAUUUUUGGAAAUAGCAUGAAAAUCGAGGGCGAGAUAACAACAGCCCUUAAUCUACCCGAUGGGGCGUCGCUAUAUGCCGGGUCUAUAUUGUCGUCCCAACUAAGUGCCAUUGAUAUAGCUCAGAUCAAUGCGGCUGGCAACGCACUGAGGCCAUUUCCUAUCCGAAUACAGCCCUCCGUAUUUCAGAGCCCCAAGAUUAUCCCAGGACAAGUAUCCAGCCAAUCAAAAACAGGGAUUGUGACUGGGCUAUUUUUUGUCCGUGGUUCUCACAAUAUCACUGUUCUUGGAGGUCAUUUCACUGCAAAAGGAUAUGAUGGUCUUGAUGUCAAUAACUUGGCAUUUAUUGAUGGAGCAAAUGAUGAUAUUGUCACUGGAGUUGGCCCUUCCCUUUCUAACGACUCGACAAUCCUUGCGAUGUCCAUAUUAGAAGACAACCUAUUUGCCGGUGGAUCUCUUGCAGGAAAUGUUAAUGGCGCAAAUAUUAGAGGAUUGAUCUCUUACAAUAUUCCCAAUGCUUCUUUUAAUACCCAACCACCCGAACUUGAUGGUAAUGUCAAUACAAUUAUUAACAGCAAAGCAAAGACAGAUAUAUUUGUGGGAGGAAAUUUCUCUUUCGCCGGUUCACUAAGCUGUCCGGCCGUAUGCCAUUUCUCCUCUAAAUUCUCCCAAUGGAACCGGCCUGGUAUUGGACUGGAUGGAAUUGCUAACUCAAUGAUUUGGGCUAAUUCUUCUACUUCUCUUAUUGUUGGUGGAAAUUUAAAGAUAAACGGACAAAGUGCUUCAUUAGUAACUUUCAACACGAAGUCACUGAACUGGACUAUAUUCGCUCAUUCUGAAAUGAUUCCUGGUCCAGUUGACUCUAUUACCAAAGCUGAUAGUGAUAGUUCUCAAAUAUGGGUAUCAGGCUUAGCCCUAAAUGGAACAGCAUUUUUGAUGAAGUUUGAUGGUAAUUCUUGGGCUUCGGUUGGCAAUAUGUUGGGUCCAAAUACUCGCAUAAAGGGACUUCAGGUACUAAAGCUGAUUAGUAAUCAUGCUCCAUCCAAGCUCGUCCCUGCCGACUCAGCUUUACUCGUUACAGGAUCAAUAAAUAUUGAGGGGUUUGGACGAGCAUCUGCCGCGUUAUUUAACGGCAUUGAAUUUCAUCCUUACAUUAUUACGAGUUCAGCUGGACAAGCCGAAGGUAGUCUGUCGCAAUUCUUCGCUGAGAAAGCUAAUUUUUUCCACAAUUCAAAUGCCAAACUCGCCAAAGGAUUUGUUAUUCUUAUUGCGCUCGGCAUUGCCCUUGCUCUAAUUAUGGUAGUCGUUGUUGGAGGUAUCUGUGUCGAAAGAAUACGAAAAAAACGAGAAGGCUACACACCGGCCCCAACUUCUGGUAUCGACCGCGGGAACAGUAUGACAACUAGAGUACCUCCGGAUAAACUCUUCGGCUCACUAGGUCAAGGAGGCCGGAAAGCAGUUGAAAAACAAGCAGCAUUACUGUAA